AUGUUGGAUCCGGCGCUGACUCUGUCACUGGUCGGGGAACUCGCUGCAUUCAAAUUGACAUGCCUCGACAACCACCAUGCCCUCAUCUUUUGCUACGAUUUUGGGGCCACACCUCCCGAACAGGACCAGGAGCGCGGUAACGAUCCACUCGAUGCAGCAGAACCGUCAGCAGCGGUUUGCGCCAUUCUUGUAUUGCAUCUGGUGUGGAAAUGGAACAUGAGACAUGGGUUCCAAGGCAAAAACUAUCUGAAUAUUCCCUUUGGAAAACUACCGUUGCUGCUGAAUUUGGCACAUUGGCCGUUGCGUUUAACUCCAGGGGCAUCAUCACGACAGGUGAAAGUGUUUGGUCAGCAGGCGACAGUCGAGACCCAUGAGAUGGAUCUGCAACCAACUUUGCCUCGCCGCCGCCUCGUUCCCUGA